AUAAACGUUAAAACUAGCUGCAAAAUGGUAGACCUGUGCUCUGGAAUGACCAGAAUACUAGGGGAACUACGUUCGGAUCAUGCACCCACCCGUAAUAAGGCGAUUGAGCAGCUGGACCAGAAACUAAACAAUUCCAAAGAAGACCUUUUGGCGUUGCUAAAAAAGAAACAUGUCGAACUAACAUGGCAGGAAAUUUUUAAUACGGCUGUAUCCGCAACAAUCAAGCACGCCACAAGCAUUUCUGAAUGCCGACCGGAUAAGGCCCAAACUUUAAAAAAUAAAUCCAACAACUACAGCAAAGUCUUGAACAAUAUCAUCAACUAUAAUUUGGAGGCCGAUAAGAACUAUUUUCUUGGAAAGACAACCAUAGUCGACACAUUUGAAGAGGGCUUCAAAAAGCGGAUUGUGGUGGAACACUUUGGCCUAACAUUUCUAAAUAUGCUAGAAAGAGGAAUCUACAUGUCCCCCAUCAAUGUACGCCAAAUUAAAGUAAACGAAUAUAGCCGCAUUCUAUCUUAUUUGUUUGAGGUUAAUGUGGAAGGGGAUGAGCUUCUUCGAUCUAGAAUUCUAAAGUGUAUAACAAAAACUGUAGAACUAGCCUCGAAACGGGUACAGCUUCACUCAGAUUUAGUGGCAUAUUUGCCUCAGCUGAGUGCCAAUAUUAUGGCUGCGAAUACAAAUGACAAGAAAACUGAAGUUGUACGAUUGUACUUGCUCUUUGUGAAGGAGCUCUCCGUAAAUUAUCAUCAAAGUCUAUGCCUUCAUAUGCAAGAUAUUUUGCCAAUGCUCUGCGAGCUCUAUCAUAAAGAUAGCUAUCGUGAUGAUACAAAAAAUAUGUUUUUCCAAAGUGUAGCCUUAUCAUUGCGUGUCUUUUAUCCAAAACUAAGCGCAGGCGACUUCAAUACCUUUAAUAUAGCCGUAAACGAAAGCUGGCCCAAGACUAUGCUAAAGCUCCGAACAAUCAUUGACAUGGAGAUAAGAAGUAACUCACUGCCACGUUACAAAUCAUCACAACUAUCCAACGAUAGGUUUUCGGAAGACUUUUUCAAAAUGUCCGCAUUAGUGAUUUACAUUUUACUCUGGCAUUUCGAAUUUAAGAAAAGCGGAAACGAAGAUGAUCCGUGCAAGAAAAUAGCAAGGCCUUUGGACAAACUCGAGACCCUAUUCAAUUUUAUUGAUAAGAAAGGUUCAACGUUUAACGAUGUAUGGUUCUCCAUAUUUACGGAGCUAAUACAAUUGAGCGACUCUAUUAUAAAUGUUGCCAAUUUUAAGCAAACUCUCGAAACUGCUUCUGAUAUUUUACGCAUGUUCGGCAACCCGAAGAACCUUAUGAACGUAAGAGUUUGUCUUACGUGUCUCUUAAAAAGGGAACAAGAGCUGGAAGAGUCCAAGUCCAUGAGCGAAAACUAUCUAGCUGAUUUAUGGUGUCAGUUAGGUGACUAUAUUAUUUCUGAGCCAUCCUCAAGCGCAAAAGUAAUUGUUGAAAAGCAGAUCAUAAUAAGGGCGCUUAUAACCCACGGAAAACUAACACCAAAGCAAUGCUCUACACUUCUACAGUAUAUAAGAUCCAACGAAGUGUUGAUGAGAAAUGAAUGCAUUGAAACAAUACGUGAUUUGUUUCUACAUGCGGAGCGGUGUGGAAUUGAUAAAGCAUCGGUUGAGCUUGAGCCCGUCAUUAAAUGGGCAUAUGAUACCUGUGAUAAGCAUAGCGCCACAAAAGCCAUACACAAUAUCGACGCAAUAAAGCCACACCUACUUGCUGAUACCUUUGCCAUUGGCAUUAUAAACUUCCUAGACGAUCGCCAGCUGAAAAACCUAAAAGCAGCAGCUCACAGCUCGAUUCCACCAACCGAUUCCGAACUUCAAACAUUGACAAUAAAGUACAACCGGAAAUUGUUGUGCCUAUUUGAAAGGGACCAAUUGACGGACAGGACUGUAAACGAAUCAAAUGUGAAAAACUGUUUGUUUCAAAAUAACUAUGAGCUUCUAAUGCGCAUGCUCAAUUAUGAAACAACAAAGGACUUUCAGAUAACGAAUAUUUUAAAAGACCUGCAUGCUCUGCACAAUCUUAGUUGUACCAUGGAACGCCUGCUUCACUAUAAAGUCUUCGAUGCAACAAAUUUUACGCAAUGUCCGCUCAUUAAAAGAGUUGGCUUAUAUUUAAGCCACUUGGAAUUUCAGCUAAAAAGCAGCAUUGUUACAAAAAUGGACGACAAGGAAUUGGUUCAAAUGUUAAAGCAAGUGGAUACUGUUCUAAAGAUCUAUACAUCGAAUGAAAUACUCGUACACUAUUUGGAGAGCCAGCCUUUAGAGGAGCUAAUUACAUUUGUUUCAUCGGCUUUAUAUCACAAUCGCACUCAAAAUAAAGAGGAAGAUAAUAAAAUUUGGCUAAAUAUAUGGUCGUUAUGUCUGGACGUUUUGGGAAAUUUAUGUGUCGCCAGCUCGCACAGACAGGAUGCAUUCCAACAUAUAUCGAGUAAAAAGAUCAUAUUGCAAUUGCAGGAUAUCCUUAUAGUAGCAAAGAUGCUGUGCCGUUGUAAGGAUCUUUCGGACGAAAUCAUCACAUGGCUUGUGAACAUGCUUAAAUCGCUUUUUCGUUUGCAUUACAUGGAUCUUGAUUUCGUGGAGGAAGUGUUGGACUAUAUGCCAACCAUAACAUUUUUCGCAUCAGCCAACGAGGACCCUUUGGCAGACAUGCUAAUUGCCUUGAAUUCUCUUUUGAAAGUUGCGCUAAAGAAAUCGUAUCCAGAGGGUAUAACAGCAAAAAUACUGCGUUGUGUUGGGCUUAUAGCGCAGCAAUGCUCCAAUAUCUUUGCCGAUCAGAACUUUGCAGCCAUAUGCAAAUCGGUGGCAAAGUUCUUAAUAUUUCCAACACUCGAGAUCCAAUUUGCGACAAUCUCAACGUUGACUGUGCUGAUGAACACAUCCUGCGUUUCCAACGAUCCUGUUGCGGCCUUCGAGUCUCACAUGAACUUCUGCGAAGACCUUUAUGAGAGUAUUGACUGGAGAAAACUUUGUUUCGAUACCGAUGAUCUGAAACAAAAUAAUAUUUCGGUGACUGUGCAAGCGCUGAUUUCAAUUUUCACAUUCAGUUCCUUUCAUCAGGAAAUAGUAUUAUCCGACCUAUUAUAUUUUUGUGCACUGCACAAAUUAAACGUGGCUGAUUUCUACGCGCUGAGCAGCCGUGUCGAAUAUUACAGACAGACGGUUCAAGAGCUUAUAAUGCCCUAUGCUGAUUUUCUAAUACAGAAGUGGAUCUCAAAGCAGUAUCCAAUAUCAAAGUUCCCAUAUUUCUUAUGCUACAACACAAAUCAGGAGUUUCGCAAGGCCAAUGCGAAACGAAUUCUGGCAUAUCUUAUUUUAUAUGGGAGUCAAGAGGAGCUAAAACGUUUUAGAGAUCAGACGUCGGAUAGCAUUUUAAAGGAAUCCACAUUAAUCCUGUCAGCUUACAUGUUACCAAAAGCUAUUGCAUGUCCUGAAUCGGAAUCCUGUGACUAUAAACAACGCUACAAAUUCCUUACGCAGAACCUGCAGCAAAUUGGAGUUAGCGAUGAGCAAAUGAGUGUUUCGUUCAAUCCAUUCACUCUUUAUAACGUUAUGAAGCUAUUGUUUGAUAAAAUGGAAAUGCAAAGAUUCUUUGGCUUUGUAUAUUGUAAUAAAAAACCGGAAUGGUAUAAUUUAAAAAGCGAUUCUCUUUUCAACUGCUUUACAAAUCAUAUUCUUGACGGAAUAAACAAGAACAUGGGAAUGUUGAACUCCGAAGCAGCCUUCCGCCAUCUGAUUACCAAACAGCCGAUAACUCUGAUCACAUUGUUAGGAGUUUUAAAGACCAAAUGCUAUGAUUCCGUCUUCCCAAUGCACAAUCUGCAAAAUUUCUUUUUGUACUGUGCCAUAGCUGAGCAUGUCCUAAAAUUCUGUCACAUCCUUCAGGAUACGGGCAAGAACAAUAUUUUGUGCGACUUCUUUGUAUGCGAUAUAUUGUUUUUUAUUCCCAACUUUAUCCUGCACACAAAUUGCUGUGUGGUUCAAAAGGCGGCAUUACAAUAUUUUAGUCUCAUUUUGACUUGCGACUUUGUAAACUUUGAAAAGUUGCAGAAACGAUUGAACGAAAUCGCAAAGUUAUUUCUGCAAUGUGUGUUCCAUAUUAAAGGGAACGAAAUGAAAAUGCAAGCAGUUGCUAUACUAAAGGCUUUAAUUGAAACCAAUGAGAAUCUGAUCGAUGCAGGCUCAUUACUCGAUGAAUAUCCGAAAAAUGAAAUUCCCAGUUCUCUGCACAAAUAUUGUGACGGCAACAGUUCAACGAUAGAUCAGGAUGAUGUCGAGGCAUUUAUAAAUGAGUUUCUGCAGAAUUAUCGCGUAGAACGUUUGCGUACUUUACGGACAUAUAUUGCAAAGCACAAAAAUGAACUGCAAAAAAAUUCGACCUUACUUUUUCAACUAUUUGAUCGACUGAUUAAAAUUUUGCGAACUGCCACCAAACGUCAAAGCAGCAUCGAUGCGUUGAAAUGUCUGGCGGAGCUGGGACCCUUGGAAAUGAAGCAUGUCUCGUAUUAUUUUCAAACGGACUUUGACUCAUUUGAAGAGGGCGAUGAUGAUCGAAAUCAUCAAUUUGUGACUGUGCUUUACGAAACUUUGGAGAAACAAUUGUUUAAUUUUAAUCCCAGCACACAUGCAGCUUUCGUUAACGUCGCACGUCAAGUCGCCAACAGUAAAAUUGGCCUGAAGUUAAUUGGAGCACAUCCAAAUUUUAGCGUAUUUGUGGUCAAAUCAAAUCAACAAUAUUAUCUAAAUACUCAAAUACCAAUUAUCGACUGGCUUCUUGUGCUGCAAUCAACUGAAAAUUUCGAAUACGAGGAAUGGAUUUGUGCGUUCAUGGCCGCUGUGUUUAAAAAUUGCGGAUGGCAUGGCUUUGAUUUGUUUGCGGAAAAAUCGUUCAGUUUUGCGGAAGCGUGCUUGCAACCGUUUGUCAAACUAUUGCUGGCGGACAAGGAUAUGCAUUUGGAGACAUUAAGCACAAUGUUGGAUUACUUUUUUGAGCAAUUCUGCAGGACUGGUAGCAAAGGGAUCUUUCAUGAAAAGCGUGCCAUCAAAAUGUUCCUAAGUAUGUGCGAAUGCAUACGAGUUGUAAACCAAUGGAGUCUUCCCAUCAAUAUUUGUAAUGUAAUCAAGGCUAGCAAUCAUUGUCAAGCCUAUUUUCUGAGCAUUAUGUAUCUGGAACUUUGGGGAUGGUCGGAUAGCAAUGCGAUACAGACACAGGAGUUUCAAAGUGCUGCCAAAAAAGCCUAUGAAUCGAUUGGCUGUACUGAAGCAAUUGCCGGCUUUAUGGAUCCGUUCGUUUCACGUGUUGAAUUCCUUAAUCUGAACAACAGCUGGUCGGAUAUUUUGUUAGAGCUUGACGAUUUUGAAAUGCGCAAUUCUGACCUCUGCAUGGAAAUGUUGAAACGUAAUGGGAUGGAGGAAUUGUUUGCAAAAUUAGAGCAACGCUGCUCCAAAAAUGUCAACUAUGAAGGUCUCUGGCGUUUAAUGCAAUGGGAUGAGCCGAUCGAGGGAAAUCUGAAUGUGAAUAUGGCGGCAGUCAACAUGGAGCAUGAGUUUAAGAAGCAUCAUUAUGUGGCAUUAAAAAGCAUCAGAAAUCGCGAAGAGGAGAAUAGCAUAUCGGCGAUUGCCAAUGCAUAUCAGUGUGUUUUGGCCAUUUUGCGUGACAUCAGUGUGGAAUCUUUGCAAAGUGUUUACAAAUAUUUGUCCUGGCUAGCGACGUUACAACAAGCUGAAGAUUUCUGCCAGGUACAAUUUUCGCAACAAGUGGCAUUGACCGAUAUAUUCGAAAAGUGGCAAGUUGAAUUGAACUUGAAAUAUGGAAACUUUUCUUGUAAGGAAUACACACUUUCACAUCAAAUUGCACUUUUCCAGAUGGGUGGCACACGUGCCAAUCGAAGAGCUCAGCAAUUCUAUAAGAAAAGCCCCAUUGAUACAUACUUGCUUAAGACCAUUACCGAGUGCAAGAAAGCUGGCAAACUAAACCUGGCGAGGAAAAAUAUUGCAAAACUACGCAAAAUGCCGGAACUAAAUGCUGCAACACAAAUCAGCGUCCUUCUGGAAGAUGCCGACGUGUUUAUAAAAACGGGAAAUCAACAAAUUGCCGAUGCCAUACUCAAAAAUACGGUAACGAAUAAGGAUUUCAUGUACUGUCUGGAACGUUGUGGUGCCUUGCGCAUGCGUGGCGAAUUUCUGAUGAAUUCGAAUGCUCAGAGCUUUAAAUCAACGCUAGAUGAUUCAUUUAAUGCCUCAUUGAAAUCACUUGGAGACUUUGAGGCAAAGAAAAUGCAACUUUUCGACAAAUAUCCGGCUCUGUACAGAACGGAUGCAUUUGAUGCGUACAUUAGGGAUAAUCGAAAGAGUGCCUAUGCCUCUAUUGCGAAAUACGCUGAUUUCGAAUAUCAGCGACUAGAUGCUUAUUUGAAGUCCGAUGAGUACUCGACCCUCUGUAAGAUUAUACAGAAGAAUCGGGAGAUGGCUGCAACCGUAGGACAUCGGGAGAACAAAGAUAAACAAUUGGGGGCCAUGAAUGCCAAACGUUUUGCCACCAUGGAUGAAAAUGGAUUGAAAUUGAUGCAGGCAAAUCAUACAGAGCAUUUGUGUACAGCAGUUACUAAUUAUAUAGCAUUCUGCCAGCACGAUGAAUCAUUCUCGAGUGACGCAGUUAACCGAAUUAUUGCGCUGUGGCUGCCCAAUAAGAGCAAUACGGCUCUAAACAAUAUGAUAAAAGAUUCAAUACAAUCAGUGCCUAGCUAUAAGUUUAUUUCCGUCUUCAAUCAACUAUGUGCCCAUCUUAAUUCCCAGAACUCGGAGUUCUUAGACAUACUAAUUGAACUUCUGGUGCGCUGCGCUCAAGAACAUCCCCAUCAUUCCCUGAACCAUCUAUAUGCAUUGGUCUAUGCCGAUCAAGACAAUAGUUCUGCCAGCACGAGCGAACGUCCGAAAAUAGCGAAACGGAUAAUUGGUCGAGUAACAGAUCAGGAGGCCAUUAAUUGUAGCCGAGACUUGAAUAUGCUCUUUCCAUCACUUAUUGAGUUCGCCAACGAGGAAGUACCGCGAAAUAAUAGAGUCGCCAAAUUGCCGAUAAGCAAGAAAUUGCUACGAAUACGUAAUCUUGACAUACACUGCCCCACAAUAGAGCUUGAUGUGUCGCCAAAUAUGCAAUACAACAUUAUAACCAUUGUCAGGUGGGAGCCCGAUUUUCGUAUGGUUGGUGGCCUAAAUGCACCGAAGAAAUUAAUGUGCCUUUGCUCUGAUGGUAAAACCCGUGCCCAGCUACUAAAGGGGAAGGAUGACUUGCGGCAGGAUGCCAUUAUGCAACAAGUCUUUCACUCUAUCAAUGAUCUGAUCAACAAAGAACCUGAGUUUAUUGAACGAAAGUUACGAUUGCGAACCUAUAAAAUAACGCCUCUAUCGGCUCGUAGCGGAAUUUUGGAGUGGUGUGAGAAUACGAUUCCAAUGGGAAUGUACUUACAAGGCGAUGGCAAAAAUGCGGGUGCUCAUCAACGUUAUCGUCCACAGGACUGGGCCCCCGUAAAGUGUCGCCACCAAUUUAAAACAGUCGAAAGCGAGCCUGUGGAGAGGCGAGUUGAAAUCUACAAACAGCUUACGGAAAAGAUCAAACCAGUUUUUCAAUAUUUCUUCUUCGAGAAGUUUCACGUACCUGGCAUAUGGUUCGAGAAGCGUCUGGCAUUUACGAACAGCGUGGCUACAACAUCUAUGGUGGGUUAUAUAUUAGGAUUGGGCGACAGACAUCUACAGAAUAUACUGCUCGACCAAUCCACCGCCGAAGUGGUGCACAUUGACUUUGGUAUUGCAUUUGAGCAGGGAAAAAUUCUACGUACGCCAGAGCAGGUUCCUUUCCGUUUAACGCGCGACUUUGUGGCCGCCAUGGGCGUUUGUGGGACCAAUGGCGUUUUUACGAAAUCUUGCGAGGCAACUCUACACAUUCUAAGGCGUUAUAAAUCGAUUAUAACAACUUUAUUGGAAGUAUUACUGCACGAUCCCUUAUUCAUUUGGGGUGUAUUGAAAAAUCAGAAUCAGGUUUCAGGUGAAACUACAAAUUUAUUUGCCCAACGCUCACUCAUGGUUGUACAAAAGAAGUUAGAGGGCAACGACUCUGGAGUUCUUGGUAGCUCGACCGUAGAAGUGCAGGUUCAGCGUCUAAUCAAUGAAGCCACGUUUCCGAACAAUCUGGGCGCGAUGUACAACGGCUGGGAGCCAUACCUCUAGCCCAAGUGCUUUAAAACCUAACACAUCACAACUCGAUAUUGCUUGUCUUAUUAUUUAUCACAGUAAUGCAUCUUAACUUCGCAAUGUCUAUUUACUCCAGACAUCUUAUUGAAGUCAUUGUUGACAAUAGUUACCAGUAAAACAAAUAUAAUUUAAUACUCAA